AUGGAAGCAAAUGAAGAAGGGGAGUCAUUUUUCCCAACAAAGCUAUUUGGCCAAGAAACAAAGAGAACAUGUGAAAGAAUAUGGAGGUGUUUAAAGAAAGACAAAGUUAGAAGCAUUGGUAUAUAUGGAGUUAAAGGGGUUGGAAAAACAACCUUGGCAAAGCUCAUCAAUCAUCUUCUUGAACAAAAAACUCAAUCCCAAGUUUUCUGGAUCAAUGUUUCUCAACAAUGUGGAAUCAAGGGGUUGCAAAGUGAUGUUGCUAAAGUCCUUGGAUUGGAUCUUUUAGAGGAACGAGAUGAAGAGAAGAGAGCGAUCGCGCUGCAUGAAUCAUUCAAAGAGAAAAAGGAUUUUGUUUUAGUACUAGACGAUGUGUUAGAGGAUGUACCUUUGAAAAUGUUAGGAAAUCCUCUAAAAGUAGGAGGAGGAAAGUUUAUAGUAACAAGUUGUUUGCUCGAAACAUGUCGAAAAAUGGGAGGUCAAAGGAAGUUUGGAGUGAAAACACUUGAAGAAGAUGAAUCUUGGAGUUUGUUUGUAGAAAGACUUGGAAAUGAGACUAUAAUUCCUCAAGAAGUUGAAGGGGUUGCUAAGUCUAUGGUGAAUAAAUGUACUAGUGGCCUUCCACUGGGGAUCAUUACAUUAGCUAAAAGACUAAGAGAACUGGAAUUGGAUAGUGUCGAUGAGUGGAACAAGGCGUUGGAAAGUAUUGCUAAUGAAGAGUCUUUUAAAGGGGAGAACAAGGUAUGUCUAAUGAGGAACAAGAUAGCUGAAAUUCCAGCGGGAACAUCAGCUAACUGUCCUAGGUUGACAACUUUGAUGUUGCAGAAGAAUUAUCACUUAUGGAAGAUUCCAGAUUCUUUCUUCGAGCACAUGCAGGCGUUACGUGUUCUUGAUUUAAGUCACACUUGCAUCGAGAAGUUGCCUGAUUCUGUAACCGACUUGGAGAAUCUUACCGCGCUCUUGGUUGCAUUCUGUUGGAAUCUAAGGUCAAUCCCAACUCUGGAAAACCUCAUGUCAUUGCAGGAAUUGGACUUGAGUGGCACGGGGAUACAGACUCUGCCUGAAUCCCUUGAGACUCCAUUGAGCCUCAAAUGCCUAAAUAUGUAUGCAAUGCGCUGGCUCAAGAAAAUACCAAUAGGGAUAUUGCCCCAACUCUCCACUCUGCAACGCCUAGUGUUGUCGCAUCAUAUAGACGUGCAAGGUGAGGAACUAGAGGUACUAAAUGAGUUGGUAGAAUUUCAAGGCAGGUUCUCUAAUAUUCAUGACUUCAACUGA